AUGAUCUGGCCAUCUCCGCAACACUCCGACGCCCCUGGUCGAUCUCGCAUCUUUCUUUACCUUGGACUGACUGCGGUCUUUCUAUUGUUGUCCUACCAGCUCGUACUCAAUCGUGAACUGCUUGGUUCGGUCGCAGAUUGGGCGAGCGAGUCGGCAUUCCCAUCGCUGGGCUUCGAUUCAUCUCACAAUACCACAGAUGCGAGUGCAAUUGGCAUUGCAGAUGCAAAUGAUAAUGACAAUGGCAGUUUAAGCGCCACUAAUGAUGGUCAUUCCAUCAAUCCUCCCUCCCCAUCUACAACACCGAGCAAGAGCAUCAACUUCGGCAUCCCGAUUUCCACCCCGAGCACUACCGUCCCUGCCAUUCCCAUGCAGACACCUACUCUGCCUCGAGAGAAGGAAUUGGUCUUUGCUGCCAUGCUAAAGAACAAUAUGUCGUGGGUGACGGAAAAUCUGCCCGAAUGGCACAGCAAUAUCUAUCGCGUCGAUGCAACACCCGAGCAAGCCGAAUUGACUGUACCGGCGAAUCGGGGGAAUGAAGCGAUGGUCUUCCUCACAUACAUAAUUGACCGCUACCACUCCCUCCCAGACGUCAGCAUCUACCUCCACGGCGGUCGCUACCAAUGGCACAACGACAACCCACUCUACGACUCCGUCAUAUCAGUCCGCGAUCUCCAGCCUACCUUUGUCCGGACAGCAGGAUACGUCAAUCUUCGCUGCACAUGGGCCAUCGGAUGUCCGGCCGAACUCGAACCCGCACGAUACUACCGCGAACGGCCAGAUGACCAGGACCACAUCACCGCAGUGGUGUUCCCGGAUAGUUUUGCGCAGUUAUUCCCGGACAUCGAGAUGCCGGAGCGCGUCGGUGUGCCAUGUUGUAGUCAGUUUGCACUGUCGAGGGAGAAGAUCCACGAGAGGCCGCUUGAGGAUUAUAUUUGGGUGAGGCAGUGGUUGUUGGAUUCGCCGCUGGAUGCGUCGAUUACAGGUCGGGUUUUUGAAUAUUCUUGGCAUAUCAUGUUCGGGAAACCGACGCAGUUUUGUCUCGAUCCUAAACAGUGCUUCUGCAAUACUUAUGGGUACUGCGAUAUGAGCGAUGAGGAUUUGCAACAGCAGUGGCAGUGGCGUGGCCAGAGUCUUCCGGACGGUUGGCCUAAUGUGCCCGAUGCACCGACACAGGCUCACUUAACUGGAGAGCCAGAGGCAGAGGCAGAAUCAGAAUCAGAGGCAGAGCCGAAGCCCGAGACGAAUGAUUCUGCGGAACAGUCGUUAAAGCAAACAUCGGAGCAACCGCCAGCCCAGAGGAAACGCGAUGACUCAAAGAUAUCUUCACGGAAACGAAGUCUUGCCCUGGCCGAUGAAAUGCUGGACAUUAGUGAUGCUUCACGGCAGGCCUUGCGAGACGCAUCUGUAUAA